AGGGUACUGUCCAUAAAAGCCAAUUAAUAAUUUAACAUGAAAAUAUUGAUUGUGAAUAUGAUUGUUUAUUCUUUGUUUAGCAAUGAGCUUAAGACAUAUUCUCUGUCCUCAUUUCAGCCAAAACCAAAGUCGAAGAUCUCUGCAUCUCGCAGACUCUUCUUGAAGACCAAGCUGGUGAAGAAGGCCAUGGCUAUGUUGAUGGCUGAAAAGGAGCAGAAGGUGAUUGACAGAGAAAGCACACUGAGUGAACGAGUCCCAGCACUCAACCUCUCUGGGCUGUCUGUACAGGACCUGCAGACUCUUUGUAAAGAACUGCACCAGAAAAUUGAUGUUGUUGAUGAAGAGCGGUACGACAUCUCAAUGAAAGUCUCCAAAAGUGAUGCAGAGAUUGAAAAUCUGACCAUGAAGAUCAUUGAGCUGAAGGGCAAGAAGCGACCUCAGCUGAAGAGGGUGAGAGUAUCAGCUGAAGCCAUGAUGGGGGCCCUGCUGGGAGCCAAGAUCAAAGAGUCUGUCGACUUCAAGGCCAACCUCAAGACUGUCAAGAAGGAAGAGGAGAAGAAAGAGGAAGUGACUGAUUGGCGUAAGAAUGUGGAUGCCAUGUCUGGCAUGGAGGGCAGAAAGAAGAUGUUCGCUGCUUCCUAAUAGCCACGGGUGGAACGAUGACAUCAUUAUGACUUCUCAGUGUUAAACUUACAUUAUGACAGUCAAGGAACAGAGUUAGUUUGCAUGGUGUUACGUAGCUACAGAGUCUCUUGCGUUGUUAUGUGUACAUACGUUUUGUGUGUGCACGCAAAUCACAUUUAUAUCAUAUGAUAAUUAUAGUCACUCAAUGGAAAAUAAUGUUUUAUCUUUAUGUAAUAUGUUAUGGAAUGUGGUUAUUAUAUACACUACCGUUUAAAAAUUUGGGGUCACGUAGAAAUGUCCUGGUUUUUGAAAGAAAAGCACAUUUUUUGUCCGUUAAAAUAACAUCAAAUUCAUCAGGAAUACAGUGUAGACAUUGUUAAUGUUGUAGAAGGCCAGCAUAUGGGGGUUUCCUCUUCAUUGUUGACGUUGAGAUUGGUGUUUUGUGGGUACUAUUUAUUGAAGAUGCCAGUUGGGGACUUGUGAGGCGUCUGUUUCUCAAACUAGACACUCUAAUGUACUUGUUCUCUUGUUCAUUUGUGCACCGGGGCCUCCCACUCCUCUUUCUAUUCUGGUUAGAGCUAGUUUGUGCUGUUCUGUGAAGGGAGCAGUACACAGUGUUGUACGAGAUCUUCAGUUUCUUGGCAAUUUCUCGCAUGGAACAGCCUUCAUUCCUCAGAACAAGAAUUGACUGACGAGUUUCAGAAGAAAGUUCUUUGUUUCUGGCCAUUUUGAGCCUGUAAUCAAACCCCAAAAUGCUGAUGCUCCAGAUACUCAACUAGUCUUAAGAAGGCCCGUUUUAUUGCUUCUUUAAUCAGGAUAACAGUUUUCAGCUGUGCUAAUAUAAUUGCAAAAGGGUUUUCUAAUGAUCAAUUAGCCUUGUAAAAUGAUACACUUGGAUUAGCUAACACAACGUGACAUUGGAACACAGGAGUGAUGGUUGCUGAUAAUGGGCCUCUGUACUCCUAUGUAGAUAUUCCAUAAAUAAAUCCGCCGUUUCCAGCUACAAGUCAUUUACAACAUUAACAACAUCUACACUGUAUUUCUGAUCAAUUUGAUGUUAUUUUAAUGGACAAAAAAUGUUGCUUUCCUUUUAAAAACAAGGACAUUUCUAAAGUGACCCCAAACUGUUGGACAGUAGUGCAUAUUAUAUGGUAUUGACAUGCAAAAUGUUGGAUGUUUGAAGUUAUCCAAAUAUGAUUGAGUUACUGACAAUAAAUUACUUGUGUU